AUUACCAUCAUUCACAUGUUGCACUCGAUCAUUCCCUCUAUUGUACAGGCAGACAAUAAGGGCCAUGGGUGGAGGGCAUAAAAAGGAUAGACGCACACUGACAGCCAACAACCCUGGACACAGACAGCCAACAACCCUGGACACAGACAGCCAACAACCCUGGACACAGACAGCCAACAACCCUGGACACAGACAGCAACCAACAGUGUGGUGCAUUUAGGAGGACUGUGCUAUCCCAGGCUUCUCCUUGAUGCUGUACACUUUAGCAGGAGGGGGUACACUCUGUGGGGUGGCCGCCCUCGUGCUCCUCAUCGUGUCCACGGCGACCGACUUCUGGAUGCAGUACCGCUACUCGGGAGCGUCGGCCAAUCAGGGCCUCUGGAGGUUUUGCAUCAAUCACAAGUGCCACGCCCACACCAUCACUGUGGCCUUCUGGGAUGCGACAAGGGCCUUCAUGCUGCUGUCUGUGCUGAGCUGCUUUGCUGGCGUAUUGCUGGGCCUGAGUGCCUUCGGCAACGGCACCAAGAGCAGGAGGGUUCGGACUGGGGGCUUCGCUCUGCUCCUGUCAGGUUUCCUAGCUCUGUUAGCUCUGGCCAUCUACACUGGCGUGACGGUCAACUUCUUUGGCAAGCGCUUCCUUGAUUGGCGCUUCUCCUGGUCCUACAUCGUAGCUUGGGUGGCCAUCAUCUUAUCUUUCGCUGCUGAUACGUGGUUAGGAUGGAUCUGUCAGCAACAGACAGUGCAGGUGGGUUCCACCUCUGUGCCUAUCAGAAGAACAUUGCCGAACCGCCUCCUACCAAUGUUCAAGAAAGCUAAAUGGGAAGUAAUCGUUUACCUGCACACUAAAGAAACAGCUACCAACCACUCGUCUUUACUAUUGUCACUGAUAGCGAUGUGACAGCAGCUGUGGAAACAACAUGUCUGGCAAAAUCUACUGAACAGAAUAAAUAGGACUUUGACUCCAGCUUGG